UUUCCGUUACAUGGGCGUGAACAAAAGGGGAUCGGUUGCCGCGUGCGCUCUCGCGCCGUGUUUUGCGGUACCAUUAAAACACUACAUUUCUCAUGUUUUCUUAGUUUACUUACUGCUAAUUUCAGUGGAAAUGGAGGCGUUUAACCAGCUUCUGUUGGAAUAUCCUGAAUUAAUGUAUAGUGGAGUCGGAGCUACGGCGUUUGUCGCCGGUGGAGCGCUAAUAUACAAAAUUGCCACCAGAAAGAAACCGACCCAUGCAAAUGUGAACUGCUGGUUCUGUAAUCAGAACACAGUGGUGCCCUAUGGGAACAGGAACUGCUGGGACUGUCCCAACUGUGACCAGUAUAAUGGCUUCCAGGAGAAUGGGGAUUACAACAAACCCAUCCCAGCUCAGUACAUGGAGCAUCUGAACCACGGAGUAUCUGGUAGCCUUCCCUCAUCUGAGACACCCAUGACACUGCAGUGGGUCAACUGUCAGAUGCUGCUAUGCAGGAAGUGCAAUAACAACCAGUCUGCAAAGAUCAAGCAGUUGGCCUCAUUUAUCCCAAGGGAUGAUGAGAAUUACGAUGAGGAAAUAGAAGCCUAUAAGCACCACCUGGAGCAGACAUAUAAGUUAUGCAGGCCGUGUCAGACAGCAGUGGAGUACUACAUCAAAUAUCAAAACCGUCAACUUCGAACAGUGCUCCUAAACCAUCAGCUGCGACGCAGCAGAGAAUCAGACAAGGGCUUCGUAAAGAGCUCCUAUUCUGCAUCUUCUCCCACGGGGGUCAUACUGUUACGGGCCCUCGCCUUCCUGAUAUGUGCUUUCCUAGUUGCUACAUCUUUGAGUGAAUUGCUGGACCAGCCUACUUUGUCUAGUGGCCCACAGACAUUAAGUGGUGGGGUCAUUCCUCCAAAGCCUAAACCCUCCAAUGAAUCCACCCCCGACAACAAAAGCAGCGGAGGCGUGCCUGUAUGGCAGGGUCUGCUGGAGCUGCUCCCAGACAAGGCCCUAGAAAAUGUCAAGCUGGUGUGGCAGCAUGGAAGGGACAACCGGCUGGCUGUAGUCUCUGUUGGCCUGUUGACUUGUCUCACUGCUAUCUUCUUAGCAGGACCUGUGAGGUUGAGGAGAAUUGAUGCUGUGGCCUCUGUCCUGUGGUUCCUCAUCCUGUGUGUUUACCUGGCUGAGAUCUACUUGACUGGUGCCUUGGGCUGGAUGGACACAGCCAAGCUCAGUAUCGUCUCCCUCUGUUGCCUAGUCAGCUUUGCCGCUGCUGUGGCAACUCACAAACCACUGGGUCCAAGAAGAGCCAGAUAUCGAAGAUACCUUGCAGGCAGCUCUGCAGUCCCCUUCAGCAGCCAGCCUCCUUUGCUCUCUCCUGACCUGGCAGACUCCUUCGUCCCCAUGCCGCCCCCCAACCUUUCCAGGCUCAUAAACCGCCAACAGAAUCCUCGUGAGCGCAAGGCUUCCCCCUCCUCUCUGCCCGGGCGCCUCAGCAGAGCCCUCUGCCUUGGCACCAUCCCCUCCCUCACCAGGACAGAUUCUGGUUACCUGUUCAGUGGAAGCAGACCAGCCUCACAAUACAAAGACUCCCCACCCUCAGACUACUUUUCACUGAAAUCUGGGAGCCGCCCAUCAUCUCCAGGCCCCUCUCCAACUCCUUCAGUAGCUGGGUCAGUUACAUCCAGUUCAGGUUCUGCCAGACAACGGCGCCCCCUCAUCAGCCCUGCGCGCCUCAACAUCAGCGGCCGGAAACUCCGGCUUUUCUCAACGGAGCCAGAACACACACUCAUGUCCCCACCUGUGUCCCGGUCACAUUUUUUUGUAGAGCCAACCUCUUCCAUAUACAGUGGUUGCUUUUCACCUGACAUAUCACCCUUCCAAAGCCAAAAUGAUUUGAGUUCUUUGUUAAGGGACAGCAGUGUGAUUGAAGAGGAAGAGAAGCGAGGCAGCUCCUCAGAGUCCUCCACAUGCCUGGUUGGCACUACGACACAGGGGCUGGAGAGCACCCCUCCUCCAAAAGGUUUUGUGAAGCUUCUUAUCUGGCCGGGGCUUUUAUUAGUGAGCCUGACUGCCAAUCUGUUCUUCGCCUGCCUCUAUAUGUACCACAACUGGAGAUGAACUGUUGAUGGGUCUGCUGCUGUUCUCUUGUGACCUGCACAGAGUGAGCCUCUGGCCCUGUCAUGUCUGUAGACCUGGAGGUCAUUCAGCAAUGCCAGAAAACAUCCUUUUUGGCAGUUACUCAUUGUGUGCUGGUGCUUAGUGAAAAUACAGAUGUUGGCUUUUCAACAGUGUACCUCCCAUUUGAUUGGAGUUAUAAGAAAACUGUAUGGUGGAAUCAAAUAUUACGCCUUUUUGAUUUGUGAUUCAUGACUGCUUGAAAAUAUGUUGGCUUUUUUAACUGGCCGUGUUUUGUCUUUUGGCUUGUCACUACUUCUCUUACAUGAACACAGGUGCAUGUGUAAUUGAUUUAAAAAGCUCAAGUCUUGCACUGAUGCUUGAUGGAUUUUUAAAAACCAUUCUGUGAAAUGUGCAAUAAACAUGUACUGUUUAUUCGAUGCUGCUUGGACACAGGGUCAUGUCUUACCUACUUAUACUGAUUGUGAGGAGUGCAUUACUUCUCCCAACUGAAUAACAUUUCUGGUUCUCUACAAUAGCCAAAAAUUGGAAAACAUUAAGCAGCAUGUUAUGUCUGUGGUGUAUAGUUAGUGACAGUUUUGCAUUUUUUAAAUUUGUACAGAUUUUCUCUUUGUAGUGUCAUAAUUUCACAGCACUGGUGUUUGCCAUUUCCUUUCUAUGUAUAUUCAGAUGGGAACGAAUGGUGUGUCAAUCUCUAUUCUGUUAUGUUAUUUUGUUAUACAGUUUACAGUCAACAUUUUUAAUAUUAUGGUAAUUUAUUUCUCAUACCAAAGUGGCGCAUGCCACAAUAAUUCAUUACAGAAAUAGUUCUCUUUCACCAAACCAUUUCAUUUUCUGGUAUCGCUUAUAGAUAUCCUGUUCACAGGCUAGUUUGUAAGGGGCAGAACUCCUAUGGUCAAGUGAAAUAUAAUUUUAUUUUAUUUCCAGUCUAUAAAGAAAUCAUCUUCAACUUCAUGAUGUUUGCAUUAGAAAUGCACAGAGAUUCAGAUAGUAGUUUUACGCCUAACUGAGCUGUGAACUAAUUUAUACAGGACUUUUCUUACCUUCUAACUUGUAAACAUUGACAUUAAAUUGGAAUGAUUUUACACUUGUUUUUCUGAAUUGUAUUUCCAGUUGUUUGUGUUUGGUUGUGUUGUAUUUUAAAUAUGUGAUUUGAAAUUGUGAAGAGCACAUAUGUUUGAUUAUUAUGCGUGUAUGUUGAACAUGUGAGUUACAAAAAGUUGUACAUUUUGGACGUAUGCAAGAUGUGUAUAAACAGUUUACGGUUAGCUUGUGUUGCUGUUAGGCUAUUGGGUGUUCAUUUUCGCAUUGUUGAAUGACCAUGCGCUUGACUUUUGAGAGGAAUCCUUUUGUCCUCAUUUGAGUAAUUACUGGGUUGUGUGGUUUUUCUCAGACAUGUAAUGUUAAUUUGAAUGUGGUAAUUUAAAGUGCAGAAUGUCAGUUUGUUUGAAGUCGAUAUUUUGAGCGAAAGUAAUAAAUAAUUAAACUAUUAUUUUUAAAAAGUUUCUGAGAAAACUAAAACUUGCUACUGAAAAACGUCUAAAUGACUGGGAAUUGACUAAUGAUAGGUUAAGAAAAUUAUCAUUAGACAACCUUUAUAAUGAAAAAUAGUUUUUGAAAAUUAUUGUAACCUUUCAACAUACUGCAUACAGGCUGUUCAUAUUUGAUGUGUAACUGGUGUAUAUUUAUUUCUUCUCUGAAGAAGAAAGAUAAUGUUGAAAUGUAAAUGUUCUUUCAGCCAUGUGGAAUUUUUCUGAAUGAGACAAACCAUCAUUUUUCAGUUAAAGAUAAAAAUUAAUUUAUUUUUGAAUUUGUAAUUACAGUAUUUUUUUUUUGGGACUUCACAUCACCAUUAUGUCAAAGCAAGAGUCUGUCCAUUUCAGACUCUUUGACAAGAAGUAUGAAUUUAUGUUCUCUUUGAUAUUUUCACUAAUUGUUUGAAGGGUUGUUAUUCCACUGUGUUCAGCAAUGCAAAUGUUUGUCUGCAAAAGCUGUUUGGUCUGUGUGAUCGUAAGGAACAACAUGGGCUUCAUGGUUGCAUCUGGACCCAAAGUUUUUUAAUUAAAAAAAAAAUUCUAACUA